AAUGAAUAAUUCAUAUGGUUAUGAUGCAAAAUUUAGCUAUCAAAAAUCUGAAUUAAAUCCAUAUAUUGAUUAAUCCAUCUCUACAUAUGGCAUUGCUCAAUCUUAAAUACAAUAAGGAAAUAGUAGUAAAAUUAAUUUAUAUUGCAGUUCGUUAACAUACUUAUUCAACACAUGCUAGAAAUUUAUCCUAACCUUUACUCUCAAAUACUUCAUCUUAAAGAAUUUAAGUUUUUUAAUAAUAAAUUCCUUAAUCAAUAAGAUAACCUAUUGUUAGAGCCUCUUCUCCUUUAAAUUAACAAAAAGUAUAUUAUACAUAAUCUGUUUAACCAGUGUAUAGAUUAUAUAAUGAACCUAUUUAAGUAGUAGUUUAACAACCACCUUAAGUUAAUAUUGGUAUAUAAAUUUAGCAAAUAUUUAUAGUUCAUGAAAUAGAAGAUGCACCAAUUAUACAUGAAGUACAUCAUGUAAAUAGACCAAUAAAUGUGAUAUCUAUGGAUGAAAUUUAAGGACCUUGGAAGAGUAAAUAGAUACUUUUGGAGAAAUAAUUAAUUGAAUUGUAGUUGAUGUUAAAACAUGGUCCUUAAAGAAAGAUUGAAACUAAAUAAAUAAUUGUUGAAGAUGAGGCUAGAAUUAGAUAACUUGAAUAAGAAAUUGAGAAAUUGAAACACAUUCUUAAUGAAAAUGAAGAGGAAAUUUAAAACUUAGAAAGUUUGGUCGAUUAGGCAUAAUAUAAUUUAGAGAAUGCAGAAGAAUAGGCAAGCAGUUAAGUAGAAGAAUAAAAUAGAGAAUUAGCAAAAUGGAAAAAGAAAUUUCAAGAUCUUAAUAAAAAAUAUCAUGAUAUAGAAGAGGAUAUAACAAUGACAGAAGCUUAAAUAGAGAGCAUACAAAAAAGAAAAAUGAUUACAUAAACAAGUUCAACUAAAACAACUUCGAAAAUAAAUUAAUUAAGAGAUAGUGGAUUAAGAAGAAGUAGUGUUACAAAAAACUAUUGA